AAUUCCCAACUCAUUAUGCAACUCCAGUAUAUAACCCGGCUAUGCUCAGCAGCCCGCAGUCACUCCAAAUCACACUCAGCACGAGGAACACUUGAUACUCCACUACACUCCACUGAAGAGAAAGAUCUGACAAUGGAUUUUAUCCAACCGUCCACACUCCCCGUUGGUGGCAUCCAAUGGGAGAAGGUUUUACCGACACUUUUUCCUCGUCUCCAUGGGACUUACGGACAAUAUAGCUGGACACCCCAACUGCUAAUUCCAGAGAUUGAUAGUACCACGGCUGCAGAGGCAAUUUGUGAUGAUAGUGGAUUUAAAGUUCAAGUGGAUGUCAAACUUUUUAACCCCAAGGAUCUCCUGGUCAAGGUGGUAGGAGAUUUUGUAGAGGUACAAGGGAGGCACCAAGAAGAAAAGAAAGAUAGUCCUGGGAUGACAACACGGCAGUUUAACCGGCGCUAUCGAAUUCCAAAGGGAGUAGACACCAUGGCUUUGGAAUCAGCAGUUUCCCCAGAUGGUGUCCUGAUCAUAUCUGCACCCAUGCUGCAAACAGAGAUGUCCAGGUCUCAGCCAUUCUCAUAAAAAAAAAACAUAUUUGUUGGAUUCUGAUAUGGCGCAGUCUCAGAUUUGUAAAUAACGCCAUUGCACAUCAACCUUCCAUAUUUUAAGAAUGCACACUUUGUAAAUAUUGGUGAUAUGUGUGAUGAUGAACUUUUUAUUGUAUUGUAUUCCUUCCAUAAUGUCAAUAAAUUACAUACAAAAAUCA